AUUCCUCACCCCCCGGUGUUUGACACGCAUGCUGUUGCCUGUCCGGAAGUGUUGUGUUUUUUUUUGUUGUUGUUGUUGUUGUUUUUUAGGGUAGGAACUAAAACUGCAGCUCUCAGUUGUUACAGUUAAAUCUACCCGCUGGGACGAUUAGUGCUAGUUGACAAACACAGUAAAGUACAGUAAAGCAACAACUGCUUUAUCGAGAUACUAUAGGUUGACAUACUAAGAUAGGCUUGUGUUGCAUUAACUGACAAUGAGCAGCUGCAACUGUAAGUUUAAAAAGGCUUUUUUCUAGGAAGUGCGCAAUCAAGCUGAUUUAUUUUCGGUGGGCGAAUAUAAAUUUCUAACUACAUUUCCGAUUCAUUAGGCGCGGAGAAACGAAAUUAAAAUAACACCGUUUAUUUCUGUUAUUACUGAAGAUACGGCUUGUAUUUUGUUAAUAAAAUGACAAGCCCGUCAAUCGAUAAAGAAUUGCAGGAGAGGUUGAGGGAAGCGUCUGCUAUCGGCGAUCUCGAAGAGGUGCAAACCUUAGUCCAGUCCGGAGUUCAUGUCAAUUCGCAAAAUGAAAUAAAUGGAUGGACUUGUUUGCAUUGGGCAUGCAAACGAAAUCACAGACACAUAGUGUCCUAUCUGUUAAGUGCAGGUGCUGACAAAGAAGUUUUUACUUCAAAAGGAGAGACAGCAGCCCAGCUGACUUCAAAACCUGAUAUCAGAAAACUUCUGGGAGUAGAAGAAACUGAAAUAACAGAAACAAAGGAAACAGAGUUGCCAAUCAUUCCAAACUAUCUAGCAAAUCCCCCAUUUCCUUAUGUUAAGACUGAAACGACAGAUAUAUCAGAACCCCACAACGCACCCCACAGCGGAACGACAUGCAUAUCAGAAGAAUCCGAGUAUGACAGCCCUUCUUCCCCUGCGAUAUCCCCGGAUCCGAGCCUCCACUCUGACACAGAUGCACAAAGUGUGAGCACACACAUACCUGUAGCUGCGCAGAACGGAGUCUCCCUGCUUCCACCAGGAGCCAUGAACGGAACCUCCUCAGAACCUCACCAUGAGUACGCACAGCAGCACAUAACCCAGAACAGACCGUCUUUACUGGCCCCCAAUGGGAAUGCAAGUUCACCAGUCGCACCCACCAGACAACAGUCAGUACCUCAGCAGCUCAAUAGCAAUCCGAUGGGGUCCAUGCCAACGUUUCAGCCAUUCUUCUUCACUGGGGCUUUUCCGAUGAAUAUGCAAGAACUGGUGCUGAAAGUUAGAAUCCAAGACCCUGCAGUAAAAGAGAACGACUUCAUUGAAAUUGAACUUGAUCGUCAAGAACUGACCCUUCGAGCAUUACUGCGAGUGUGCUGUCGAGAGCUUGGCGUUAGUGUUGACCACGUGGAGAAGAUCCGAAAGUUACCAAACACAGUGUUGCGAAAGGACAAAGAUGUUGCAAGACUACAGGACUUUCAGGAGCUGGAAGUCGUUGUCGAAAAAGCGGGAACCCUGUCUUUUUUAGGUGGACAAGCCUCCUUAACUGAGAGGCCUUGUUAUAAUAGGAAAGCUUCAAAGCUAACAUAUUAGCCUGCUACUGAUCGAUUUGUGCAAGUUACAUUAUUAUGUGUUUUGGGGCUCUGUGAAAGGCAAACUUCAAUUCUGUUUAAAACAGUUAAUCCUGUGUUGUUUUCACUUCCCUGUUGGUUAUCCGUUUAUGCUAGCUUGUUACAUUUCCAAAAGAGUGGUACUGCAUUUUCUAUCAGCUAUCAGUGGAUUAUAUUGUGUCCCCACCUCCCCAUAAUGGUGUCAGUCAACAGUAUAAAACACUACAGAUGCAUUUUUAAAUUAAUACUUCACAGUUAUGUGGUAUUUAAAAAACUACAAGUUUGAUGUAUUGUUUAAAGGGUGUGGUGGAUUACAAAAAAUAAUUUUUGAACAACUUGCAAACAGUCGGGUGGGGGGACAAUACACAAGUGUCACGAUACAAUGCAUAUCACGAUAUGCAGGUCAUGGUAUGAUAUGUUAUACAAGAUGUGAUGGUCCUGAUGGGCUACUUGUGUGAUGCAUAAUGAGAUCAAAUGAUCAUUUAAUGAUGGGACUAUUUUGUUAAAAACAUUUAAAUGAGAUGGGGAGGGUGUGUAUUCAUACGGACUAUAAAACAUUGUGAACUACAGUGAACUAUCAUAUGCUUUUGGUAUCACAGUACAAACAAUACGUACCUCUGUUAAGAGCCGAUAUAUCGUGUAGAAGGUUUCACAAUUUAUCGAUACACAAUGCAUCACUACACACCUAGUAAACCAGUGACAGUACAAACACAUUGACCUUUUGUAAAGUUUAGGUGAAAUCCCUGAAAAGUGUCUGCUACUCCAUUUGAGACUUUGUAAAAUAUUUAACCUUAAAAAUAUGUUAAACAAAAAAAUAGAUAUUGGAAUUGUUUUCUAAAAAGCACAAAAACAGUUUUGGUUGGAAAAAUGUCCUAACAAAUGGUAUCAGCCCAAGAACUACCCUCUUAUUUUGUAUCUGCCUCUGCUUCGAAACACUCAAGAAACCCCCCUCAUAAAUCAUAUUUAGAGUUUCAAGGUUGCAUAGCAUCAAACACUAUUUCAGUUACCUUUCCCCUUCAAUUUGGUUAUGUUUGAAAUUAUGCUGCAUGGUUCUGAGUUCUGUGGCUCCAAUACUGAGAGAUUUUAGACUUUGAAAAAGUUUUUUUUAAAAGCUGUAUUUCAUAGUUUAAAGCAAAUGUCACUCAUAUCAAAUAGAGGAAUUAACAUCUUGAUUUUAAUAUGUGAACAAUGACACAAUGCACUGGACUAAUUUAAAGUUGCUGUGUUAAUAAAAUAUAUAGGGUUCUUGCAUGUAUAACAGGGUUAUUUGCUGUCAUAUAACUACUGUAAGUAUACUAAAAAGACAUAAAUAUGUAGAUAGACAUGUUUGUCUUCCCUGCAGUAGGUGAUUUUUAAUUGUCAAACAUAAAAAAAUCUGCAAGUAAAACAUAUCCUAAUCAUGCACAGCAUUUCUAGCAGAAGUUGAAAAUAGAAACUGUUGUUUUUGUCCAUCCUUUUACAUAACAUUAUAUAUCUGUUCUACAUUAUUAAAUGUGGUUAUUUAUGUGAUUAAAUGUGUGAAAGUGUUAGAUGUUAAAUGACAAAGUUGAUCUGUGUUUAGAUCAAAGUUUUCAGUUUUUUAUUUGCAAAUGUUAAAAUCAAGAAGCCCUUUUACAUUGCCAAGUGGUCCCUUGUGUCGUUACCCUGUGAUAUAUAUAUACUAGAUUUUUUUUUUAUUGCUUUACUACUUUUUUUUUAAAUUAAUGAGUUACUAAUGUUUUGGUCUUUACGCUGUGAGGUAUCCACGAGAGAAGUGCCAUGGCUCUAGAGCUUCUAUUCUAUAGAGGCGAGCAUUCUCCAGUAUGGCAGGUCGCUGACUGUUACACUGCUGCAUUUUGACAGAAUGGCAAUUCUGUUACAAAUGUCAAGGUGAGGCAACUUUAUAGUGUGUUUACAAGUGGGUUUAAAUGAAAUAAAUUUAAUGUGGAUUGAACGGGGAUUUAUUUUUUAUUUUUAUGAAAGUUACUUUUUAGAUAUUUUUAAGCAGAAAAGCACAAUUAUUUAAAUACUGGUUAGCUGGUAAAUUAGUGCUGUAGCUACCAAUCAUACAGCUUGUAUUGCUACUCAUGUAUCAGUUUCUCAGGUUUAAUAUAGUUUAUUUUGUGUUAUUGCUAACUUUAAUAUUAAACAAUAAUGUUACAAUAGCUGAUUUCUUACCAAAAUCUGAGUGUUAUGGAUUCCUGUGACUAAUAUACCUUUAUAUUUUACCUCGUAGCAAACACUUUAAGUAACACUGCUCGUUCUUCGGGUGAACACCAAUCAAUCAAAACACAGUAAAGGUGGUCUAAGAAAGAUUCACGAACAGUACUACACUUGUUCAGAUACUUCUUUUUUUAUUGCAUUUUGUCUAAACGAGAGCAACUGCAUGGAAUGUAGAUUUAGAGGAUAACAUAGCUACAUUUAACUUGUUCAUCCACUGUGCAUUUUAAUUUGCUUAGUGUUUUACUUUAACUAUAUACAGUAA